CGUACCGUACACUCAUACACUCAUCUGCGGUGCCUGUUCUACGGUGUUGCCAGGCAGAUGUGCGACACCGCGCGAUACGCACGGCAGAUGCUAGUUCUCGGGCCGUUAGCUCAGGAAACGAUUCGAGAAUCAUCGGCUCUUGUUGUUGGGGCAGGUGCGCUUGGGUGCAGCUGUCUACCAUACCUCGUCGGCGCGGGUGUGGGCAAAGUCACAGUCUGCGAUGGCGACAGAGUAGAAGCUAGUAACCUUCAUAGGCAGGUCUUGUUCGCUGAGUGCGACAUAGGGAGGAAUAAAGCAGAAGCUGCGGCAAGCCGGCUUCAAGCGAUGAAUUCAGAUGUGGCCCUGGUAGCCGUCCCACGGCAUUGCAUGUAUGAUGAAUGCACAUCAGAUCUAGUAGAGAAGCAUAGCAUCGUCGUGGAUUGUAGCGAUAACAUAGGGACGCGUUACCUUUUGAAUGACGCGUGUUUCUUAGCAGGUAAGCCGCUUAUUAGCGCCGCUGCGCUCGGAAUUGAGGGUUCGCUGACGCGCUGGGGCAAAACGGGCGGGCCUUGCUAUAGAUGCGUGAUUCCUCGGCCGUCAUCGCUUGAGGCACGACGGAGAUGUGCCGAUCAGGGUGUUCUCGGACCAGUACCUGGCGUUCUUGGUGCGCUUCAGGCUUUAGAUGUCCUCCGUUACCUUUCAAAACUUGACGGUAUGAUAAAUAAAAUGCAUAUUUUCGAUGGCACGGGUCUAAAAGCAUUUGGGUUGCCUCCCCGGAGGCCAACUUGUGUGCUCUGUGGAGAGGCCCAAACAAUCGAAUCUCUCCAGGACUCAAAACAAUGGGCCCUCGGCCAGGGACUUUAUGCAGAUUUUGAUGCUACUCUGUGAAUUCUAGCGGCGUCCUGCAAGAGCUUGCUGUUGACUAAUUAAUAACUCUGCUCAGGUGUAGUUUCGGCAAUCCCCUUCCGUCUGAACCGGUCUCACUUCCUUUUGCGAAUGAAAUCACCGUAAUUGACUUGAAAAAAAUCAUCGACACAGCAGCUUCUCUCACUCUCGUUGACGUCCGUGAUCCCACUCAAUUCGCUAUGUGCAAACUUCAAUCUUCCCUCUCUCUCCCCCUUCGUCAGAUUCUCGAGGCCCCUGACUCUGCCUCUUCAUUCCUACGCGCAAAGACCGCACUCGAUUCUCCUAUUUAUGUUCUUUGCCGUCGUGGGGCUGACUCUCGGGUCGCUACUGCAGAGCUCCUGAAGCUUGGCUAUUCAAAGGCAUGCAACGUCAUAGGCGGCCUUGAUGCUUGGCGCCGCAGCAUCGAUCCUGAGUUUCCGUCAUAUUGA